AUGGCUAAAACAUUUGCACAUAGACAACAUGAAAUUGUCAACCUGUCCCCCAGCAUCGAAGACAUCAAAGCCAGAUGGCCAGCAUUGUUUGAGGCAUCUCAUCUGCAGGAUGAGUUCUACAGGAUCACCCUGGUACACCUUGAACCCAAAUUCAUGUCCAUGCUGGAUGAGUACACUCCCAAACUGUUGGCCCUUUUCCAUUCCAAGGGGGGAGCCAUGGGAUUGAAGUUGCAGGCUAUCAUAGCCAAGUCACCAAGCAAUCCUAGCAAUAACAUAACCAGAAAUCUGGUUAUUCAGUGCUUGAUGGUGUACCUUGGGGAGUCCAUUGAUCAACUGAUCAAAGAGUACAGUGAUGCUGAUGAGGAUGGUGUGUCACAAGAUCUUUCUGAACAGAGGAUGAAAAUCUACAAAAUCAAGGCUGUUGGAUCUGAGGAGGAUGACAUUGGCAUUGUGCUGGAGGGUGUGAGAGUUAUGCCUGCUCUGGGCAAAUUUCCAAGAGCAUGCGCAAUGCUGGUUUCAAAACUACACGCCCUGGGCUACCAGCCAAUUCUGUUUCUUGGACAGUUUGACCGUAAGAGCCGUAUAGUAGGGGACGUGAUCUCUCACAUCGAACCAGCAGAAGGUGCUGCACGUGACAUCCUCAUGAAGAGAUCCAUUAUCUGUAACCAGGUGUCCUUAUCAGGUAGCCUAUCCUAG